GCAUUCACCACUUAAGAGUCAAUAUAGGACAGGUCUCGGAAUAUAACCAAGCGUCAAGUGUGACAUGCAGUGAACUUGAGAACUUCAGCAUCCAUUGGAAGUGUAGUGAGAAUACAAUGAACUAAAGAUUUUCCAUGACCGUGGGUACCCUCAUAAGAGCUCCUGAAGAAAUUCUUAAGUGACACUAAAUUUUGCUGCAAGAAGAUUAAAAACAAAACAAAAAAGAAACACCUGUAAAUAUGCCUAUGCCAAACACAGACCUUCAUGAUGCCAAUAAUCAGUCUAAAUGUACCACUUCUGCCUCUUAUAUCCAACACUCUGAAUUCAACGCCACAAACCCCUCUGGAUCUUCUAACAAACCAAAACAAAGUGGAUACAGGAAGGUCUGUUCCACUGGAGAGCCCAGCCCAUGGCCAAUCCCAGGACUGGGAUCUGGGAUUCUGGAAAUGCGUGUAAAGGAGGGGAGCAAGAUCAGGAACCUUUUGGGUUUCGCCAUGUCUCGUUUGCAAGGGGAUGGACACGAGGCUGCGACAUCACAGGUUCUGUUCAGUGGGAUGGGACGGGCUGUCACUAAAACCAUCACCUGUGCAGAGAUAAUGAAACGUAAAGUGCAGGGCUUACACCAGGUGUCGAAAGUCCAAUAUAGGACAGUGACUGAGGUGUGGGAGAGCCAGGAGGGUGGUCAGGUUCAGAUGACGAUACACAGAACUGUUCCGUCCAUCUGUAUUCUUCUGUCUAAAGAACCGCUGGACCCUCAGGAGCUGGGCUACCAGGCUCCUGCAAAGAUAGGCUCUCUUUUAGAGGAAAGGAAAGGAGAUGAUGGACCACAGAUGUCUGGAAACCCAGAAAAAAGACCAUUGAGUCCUGGCCCCUCUGUGAUUCUGUCCAGUCUAAAAAGAGCUGCUGUGGGGCAGGACAAAUUUCCAACUCUGGAAUAGAGUGAUAAAAAGAUAAUUUAAGAGGGAGGAAUUCAUUUACAUGUAUAUUUUGUGUAAAAAAUUGAUUUAGAUAACAUGCUAAAGGCUUAGCUGUCAUAUACUGUUAUUUUGCAACAAAUGUGAAUGUGUAAGUUAAUAGUACGGAGCUCCUUAUUGGAAAGAGUGGGAUAUUCUGAAAUAGUUUUGCAUUCCCUUGCAAUAAAGUCAUUAUAGUUUUACUACAGAAGCCAUAUUUUAACCGUGAUAUCCGUAGUGAAACCAUAGUGAUAAUACAGGAAAAUGAAAUCUAUGGUAAUAACAAUCAUCUUUUCUUUUUUUUUUUUUUUUUUUGUUAUUAUGGUUUUGCUAUACACAUACCAUAGUUUAGCUGGUUUUACUAUAGCAACAAAGACUGCAGUGGUUUUUGGCUGAAAGAAUUUUUCUAUAGUAAUUUUGUAGUAACCAUGACUGUUGUAGGCUAACCAUGUUUUGUUAUUGUUUUACCAUAGAUUAACCAUGCUAAUUCUUGUGGUUACUAUGGUUUUAUGACCAUUCCCGCCCUGUCCUCUAAGGGCCUUUGUAGUAAUGUAUAUAUUCAUGAAAUGUUAAUAUUACCUCACAAUACUCUGUAUUUAAGUUACAUCCAUAAUAUGAAACCAAAUAAGGGUUUAUUGACAGUUAUUUCUCUCUCACUAUCUUUUAUCUUAACUGCUUCAUGUUAACUUACUAAAGAUUUGUAUCAGCUUAACUUUCAGCUUUUUAGUAGACCAGUUUCAGGGUUCGUAUGCAAUACUGCCUCCUUCUGGUGAGAGCAAACUGUCCUUGAAACAAAGAAAU